AUGUCUUCCACGCUGCAACGAUUGACAUCCAGCUACGCCAAGCAUCUUCCUCUGGCCGAAGAUGCCUGCAAAUUUUUGACGGCAUCCCCAGAUCCGUUUCAUGCCGUGGCCGAAUGUGUAAAGAAAUUGGAACAGGCGGGAUUUCGUGCUCUGCAAAACAAGGCCGCCUUUACAGGAAAUCUAGAGGCGGGUGGCAAGUACUACUACACCGUUCAUCAGUCCACGCUGGUGGCAUUUACAGUGGGACAGAAAUACGUGCCUGGACAAGGAGGUUUUCAUGUAAUUGGAGGACAUACGGAUAGUCCCAACUUGAAGGUCAAGCCUCGUAGUUUGAAACCACCCAAGAAUGGAUGCAUCAUGUUGGGUGUAGAAUGCUAUGGAGGAGGAUUGUGGAAUACUUGGUUUGAUCGCGACUUGGGCAUUAGUGGCAAAAUUUUAGUGCGAUCUCCAGAUGGCAAAAUCGAAUCCAAACUAGUCAACAUUACAGAUCCAGUAGCCCGCGUAUCCAAUCUUUGCAUUCAUUUGCAAUCAGGUGAAGAGCGCAAAGCAUUCAAGGUCAACAAGGAAGAUCACACUAGCCCUAUUUUGGCCACAGAGGCCGAGAUGAAAAAGGUUUUGGAGGAAAGCACGGAGGAACAACUGAACAAGACGGAAGAUUCCUGGAAAUCACAACAGGAGCCCUUGUUGUUACAGUUGAUUGCCGAAAAGCUUGGUAUUCCGGUGGAACAGAUUGCCGAUUUCGAGUUGAAUUUGUACGAUACUCAAGGGGCCGCUCUUGGGGGUGUGGCCAAGGAGUUCCUCUACUCCGCUCGACUUGACAACUUGGCGACCGUCUUUGUGGCUAUGGAGGCGAUCCUGGCUCAUACCAAGGAUGGACUUGCCGAUGAUGAGGAUAUCAAGGUGGUAGUAUUCUUUGAUCAUGAGGAAGUUGGCAGUGACUCUUCUCAUGGGGCCGGGUCGCCCGUCAUUGAAGAAGCCAUCCGCCGCAUCUCGGCAGGGCUUGGCAGUGGAGCCGAUUCGCCGGAUUUGUAUGCGCAGACCAUCAACAAAUCGUUCAUAUUAAGCAUUGACCAAGCGCACGCGGUCCAUCCAAACUAUGCAGGAAAGCACGAAGCUACACACGCUCCCAAAAUGAAUGCGGGUCUAGUCAUCAAGACGAAUCAGAAUCAGCGUUAUGCAACCAACGGAGUGACCGGUUUUGUGCUUCGGGAGUUGGCUCGGAUGGGUAGUUUGCCUAUCCAAGAGUUUUGUGUGAGGAAUGAUUGUCCAUGUGGUUCUACAAUUGGCCCAACCAUUUCCACUCGCACAGGAGUGAGAACUGUCGAUGCUGGCAUGCCUCAGCUUUCCAUGCAUUCAUGCAGAGAAGUCAUGGGUACCAUGGACUUGACACACGGAGUGGAGCUGUUCAAGACCUUUUUCAAAAGGUUCCGUGAGCUAGAUGAAAAAAUGGACUUUUGA